AUGUCAAUAACAUAUAAAAAAGAUGAAAAAGAUUUAAAAAACAAUACCAAUAAUAGCAAAAAAAAAUUUAUAGCUAAAGAAUUUCAAUCACUUUUAUGUGUAUUCACAGCAUUAAGAGGAACACAAAUUACAAUACAAUUAAGAUCAAAUUGUGAAAUCUAUGGUACAAUUACUAAUGUCGAUGCAUAUUUAAAUAUUGAACUUUCUGAUGCAAAAUUAACAAAUACAAGAUACAAGAAUAAAAGAGAUGAACAUGUUCAAGAGAUAUUAAUCCAAAGUAGGAAUAUUAGAUUCAUUCAAAUACCAGAUAAAAUCGAUUUAAAUAGUUUACUAUAUCUUUAUAGUAAACAACUAUCUCAAAGUAAAAAGAAAUAUGAAAGAACUUUAAGAAAACCACCACCACCAACAAAAUAA